AUGUCGUCGAGGCCGGAGCUACAAGCACCACCGGAGAUAUUCUACGACGAUGUUGAAGCUCGAAAAUACACUUCAUCCUCGCGUAUAGUCGGAAUUCAGGCAGAGCUUUCUGAAAGAGCAAUAGAGCUUCUUGCGUUGCCUGAUGAUGACGUCCCUAGAUUGCUUCUUGACAUUGGUUGUGGUUCGGGACUUAGUGGUGAAACAAUAUCUGAGCAUGGACAUGAAUGGAUUGGUCUAGAUAUAUCAAAAUCAAUGCUUGAUGUUGCUUUGGAGCGGGAGGCUGAUGGUGAUCUUAUACUUGGUGACAUGGGUCAGGGCCUUGGAAUUCGUCCUGGAGUGAUUGAUGGUGCUAUCAGUAUCUCAGCUGUCCAGUGGUUGUGCAAUGCUGAUAAAUCUUGUCAUGAGCCACGGUUGAGAUUGAAGGCAUUCUUUGGAUCACUUUAUAGAUGUUUGGGUAGGGGAGCUAGAGCUGUUUUUCAAUUGUAUCCUGAAAAUAAUGCUCAAAGAGAGCUAAUUUUGAGUUAUGCUAUGCGUGCUGGAUUUGCUGGUGGUGUAGUUAUUGAUUACCCUCACAGCUCAAAGAAAAGAAAAGAGUACCUUGUGCUGACUUGUGGGCCACCAUCUAUGAGCACCACCACACCAAAUGCCAAAGGUGAAGAUGAAAACAUUUGUUCAGAUGCUGCUGAUGAUGAUGAUGAUGGUAGUGAAGAUGAAGAGAACCAAACUGUGUGUAUUUCAGAUAGGCAUAGGCCAAGAAAAAAGCAAAAAAUAACAAAAAAAGGUAAGACAAAUUCAUGGGUGUUACAGAAGAAAGAGAAGAUGAGGAGCAAAGGAAAUGUUGUGCCUCCUGAUUCUAAGUACACUGCUCGAAAACGAAAGGCCCGCUUUUGAUUUUUAGCUUCUUUUUACAUCGAUUUUGUAUUAAAGAUGUGAAAUUUUUUAGUGUGUGUGUGUGUGAAUCUUUCAUUUCAAGGAUUAAUGAUUCUAUAAGAAUGUUAUUUGUUUUUCCAUAAACUAUAUUCAUAUUAUCACCACCAU